AGCUUCCUAUAAAUAGUUUACAGAGCUGAAUUAAUCGCGUGAACUUUUUUAUUAAGAUAAAAAAUGGAUCUGUUUAGUCCUGCGAAUAAACCAGAAAUCAGAAUUCAAGAGCUAACUGGGGAACGGAUAAGAUUUAUACUUACAAACACAGAUUUGAGUAUGGCAAAUGCUCUUAGACGUAUAAUGAUAUCAGAAGUUGCAACUAUAGCAAUUGAUAUGGUCCAAUUCGAUCUUAAUACGUCCGUUUUGGCUGACGAGUUUAUUGCACAUCGAUUAGGAUUAAUACCAUUGGAUAGUACAGAAGCGGAUAAAAUCAAAUAUCCUCGAGAUUGUAAUUGUAGUGGAGCAUGUAAAGAAUGUAGUGUGGAGUUAAACUUACACGUUAAAUGCACUGAAGAAGAUACAACGAAAGAUGUGACUAGUAAAGAUCUUGUCAGUCACGAUCCUCGGUUUACACCGAUCACUGAGGGACCAAAAGAUGCGGGUAUUUUAAUUGCAAAACUUCGCAAAGGUCAAGAAAUUAAAGUUAAAUGUAUUGCUAAGAAGGGAGUGGCGAAGGAACAUGCUAAGUGGAGUCCUUGUGCUGCGGUUGCUUUUGAAUACGAUCCUUUUAAUAAACUUAGGCAUACACAUUAUUGGAUAGAGGAAGAUGAAAAAAAAGAAUGGCCACAAAGUAAAAAUGCUAAUGAUGAUUUUCCUCCUUUAGAUGAUGAAAUUUUUGAUUUUACUGCAAAACCAAAUAGAUUUUAUUUUGAAAUCGAGACAAUUGGUUCUAUGAAACCUGAAGACAUUGUUAUGAAUGCAUUUAAGAAAUUGUUAGAAAAAAUUUCAUCAAUUCAAAUGGGAUUACAUUCAAAUGAUGUUCCUAUUAAUGGCAGAGAACCAACUAGAGAUGUUUUUUAGAAUAUUAUUUUAGCUAUGACAAGUUCCAUCUACUUAUACCAUCAAAAAAUUUACCAUUAGUGAGAUUAUUUAUAAGUAUCAAUUAUGACAAGAUCCAACGUUAGUAAUAUGAAAUGUAGUAUUUAGAGUGUUGCAAAUAAUAGUACUAAUUCAUAUAAAAUAAUUAAAUUAUUAUCCAAUAAAUCCAAAAAAAAAGUAUAA